CCUCACCGUCCGACGGAGCGACUUAUGUCACUCUACUACCAUCCCGACGACGCUCUUCCACAAUCUCCAGGCCUCACCCCUUUCAAACCCAAAGUCACCCCCAGUCCGUCCCCCCCGCCGGCAGUCACCCAUCCUAUCCUACUGUCUCCAGUCACCACGCGCCGUCUCACUUCCUCAUUCUCUCGGGGCCGCAAGAAAUCAAAUCGACCAAAAACCAACCCAAGUCCUGGAGAUUUUGUCCUCAUCAACGUCAUGGAUCCCAAUCGUCCUGAUAUCGCACGGGACGCGGGCGCUCGCGCCCUCAAUUCCGAUUCAGGCUCCGACGAUGACGAUUUCGAUAGCCCGUCUCCUACCGCGGAACCAAUGCCUCUCCCGACUCCCCAUCAUCCGUCCAGGCUUGCCGCGAUCCCGGGGAUAUCUUCUUUGAACCUAUCAGAUAUCGCUCAAGAGGCGCUAAACGCAAAUCCUGCAUCACAGAAAGAUGUCUUCAAAACCCCAUUCCGCCCUGGGCAUCGGGAUUCGGUCGUUGAAUUGGACACCCAGGAUCACAAUGCAGUGAGUACCGAGACAUCGACAUCAGAUCCUUCCUUCGUGGCCCCCGUCGAUAAUGGGGUUCCCUCUAGGGCGGCCGAGACCAGAUCUCCUACUCUCAGCGCCGAACGCCACGGAUCCUUUUCCAACGGGCAACCUCAUAUACAGGCACCCCUUAUUUCAUCCAACCUUCACGAGCUCGUCAUACCAGCCCGGAGAGGAUCGGACAUACCGACACGACUACCGGCCUUGCAAACACCGCAAUCACCGCCCUCCGAGGCAUCUGCCACGUCUCCUGGCCAGAAACAACAGCUCCCCUCAUUUAGACACCUCAGUGAUUUGGCCGAAACUGCCGAGCAAGAGAUGAACAGAACACAACUGCCUCAUCGGCAAUCUAUAUCGUCCAUCGGUCAAUCUCCUACCUCCGUGAGUCGGCAACUCUCCAUCACCUCGCUCUCUCCCGCGAGCGGAUACCCGUUGAGCGCUUCGUCCCCUGGCGGUAACAGUGACAUACAAACACGAGACCCUUUCCUAAGGACAGGCCAGCAGCUCUCCUUCCUGAGCACCCGGAGGCCCUCGCAAGCGUCAGAUGUCGGGCCUUUCUCAGCUACACUACACUCGACAACUACCAACGACAGUUACCAGAGCUCGGAAGGGUUGAGCCCGGGUUCGCAAGGUCCGCGGUUGAGUAUUGACAGCGCCAUGACUUCAAGAACUCUCCCUCCACCUGUCGGUCCAAAUAUACAGCACGUCCCAUCUCACGGCUCUGGUGGAUUCAAAUGCGACUACCCGGGCUGCAAUGCCACUCCCUUUCAGACCCAAUACCUCCUCAACUCGCAUGCCAAUGUUCAUUCCCAGACCAGAACCCAUUUCUGUCCUGUUCGGGACUGUCCACGAAGUGAAGGAGGGAAGGGCUUCAAGCGCAAGAAUGAGAUGAUACGACAUGGUUUGGUGCAUGCCUCUCCUGGCUAUGUUUGUCCUUUCUGUCCCGAUCGAGAACACAAAUACCCUCGGCCGGAUAAUUUGCAAAGACAUGUACGCGUUCAUCAUCCUGAAAAAGACAAGGACGACGCCCAACUACGAGAAGUUCUUGCGCAGCGGCCAGAAGGUGGAAGCCGAGGACGGCGAAGACGAGUGAGCUGA